AUGGCCGACCUUAACGAUGAUGAUGAUGAUUGGGUGUAUGUAAGCAGUAGGAAGGAUGCCCAGUUGCCGCCUAAUGCUGUACAUGAUGGGUUAAUGGUCCACGUUAGAGAGUCCUUCCGAUUGGAUCCUUCUUGUGGUGCUGUCCCCCAUCCUGACCAACUAGCCGAGACUAUGCUUAUGGCUACUACCGCCAUGCCUCCACUGGAGAAGGAGGAAAUACGGAUACCUAAGGCCAUAGUAGCGUCGGGGAAGAUAUCCUCUUUACAGUUGGAGGCAGUAGCCUAUGCAGCUCGGAAGUUCAGAGUGGACCGGGAGGCGCACAAGCCUGCUGGUUUUUGUCUUGGAGACGGCACGGGGUGUGGUAAGGGCCGAGUGAUAGCGGCCUUGAUGGUCCAUCUAUGGAACAUGGGCUGCAGAAGGCUGUGUUGGAUCACAGCAACACCAGACUUACUCCAGGAUGCUAGGAGGGAUCUACAGGAUGUGGGAGCUGCUCAUAUACCUCUAUUGGACUUCAGAAGAGUCCAUAGAUACAGUAGUAGCUCGGGUGAUGGGAUAGUGUUUGCUGCCUAUGCAAUCCUGGUAGCAACGUCACAGGCGAAUAAGGCUGCGAAGAGCCGAUUCGACCAGUUGCUCGAGUGGCUGCAAGGAGGCAAAGCAUUUGUGGUACUCGAUGAAUGCCACAAGGCUAAGAACGUGAAGGUCCCUGGGCGCAAGAUUAGCUCCAGGACGGGCGAUCUCAUAUUGGAGCUCAGCCGGAAGUUGCCUACCGCUCCCUUCUUGUAUUGUAGCGCUACUGUGGCCACUGACUUGGACAAUCUGGCCUACCUAGAAAGGCUGGCCCUAUGGGGACCCCACACCCCAUUUCAGGACUUCGACGCCUUCCAUAACGUAGCUAAGUUGGGUGGUACCUCUGGUAUGGAGGCAUUAGCUGCUGAGAUGAAGGCUCGAGGCAUCAUGGUGGCCCGCUGCCUUAGCUUCAAAGGCACUGCUUUCCAUGUUGACAGGAUACCUAUCACACAGGAGCAGGUUCAACUCUACGACCAAUGCUCAGACCUCUGGCAGGAUAUCAUAUCUCUCCCUAGUGGCAGCCUCACUGGAAUGGCUCUGUAUGCUAACGCUCAGAGGUUCUUUAAAAUACUACUUAUCAGCUUUAAGCUCCCUACUGCAGUCAACUGGGCUAACAGGGCUCUAGCAGCAGGCAAGUCUGUGGUGUUCUCUAUAUGGACCACGAUGGAGUCGCGGAUGGAGGAGGCCCAGGAUAAGGUGGAUGCUGGUCUUGGAGAAAGGCUCGGUCCGCGUACUUUGCUGGAGUACACCAUAAGGAAGCACCUCGAGGAGAAGGAUGCUUCGCUGUGCCAAUACUACCUUAGCCAAGCGGCCCAGUUGCAGCUGCCCUCGAACCCUUUGGACGAGUUGAUUGAUCUUAUGGGCGGCCCUACUAAGGUGGCAGAGCUCACUGGAAGGAGCAAGCGUCAGGAGGUGGACAAGGAUGGGAAGGUGAGGCUGGUACCUCGGCAGAUUAGCUACUCUGGUGACAACAUCAACGUCCUUGAGCAGCAGGCGUUCCAGAGAGGAGAAAAGCUGGUGGCAGUGAUCAGUGAGGCUGCGAGUGCAGGAAUAUCCUUGCACGCAGACGCAAGGGCCGAGAGUGGAUCUAGGCAGCGGGUGAUGAUAACAUUGGAGUUGCCUUGGAGCGCUGAGAAGAUGGUCCAACAGUUGGGUCGAGUCCACAGGACCAAUCAGCUGUCUCCGCCCUCCUAUGUGUUACUGGUUACGACUCUCCUUGGGGAACUCCGAUUCGUCUCGGCUGUGGCACGACGAUUAGUACGACUAGGAGCUCUGACGAGAGGGGAUCGCAACAUGGCCAUUGGCAUUGAGAGGAUCACCAAUAUUGAAAGCCCCUCGAUUACCUCUCCCUCGACAUCCUCACCGUUUGGAGCCUUCGACUAUAAUCUCCCUGCUGUGCGUUUGGCCCUUCGGAGGAUCCUCUUCCUGAUGAUCGCUGGCCCGGACUACAAGGGCGAGGAUGGCACUUGGCCUUCUGAAGAAGACCUUCCAGAGGAGGUGUGGCGGAGCCCUGGUCCAUGGACGUCACCACAGGACUUCCUAAAGAUCAUCGCAGGAGUGAUGGAGAGUGCCGGUCUGACUUCCUCUAGCCAAGCACGAGCCCUUGACUCGUCUGCUGCUAGUGAGACGGUCUCGGCCUUCAACCUCUUCCUUAAUCGGUGCCUUAUACAGCCAGUUGAGAUACAGAAUGCUCUUUUGAAGUGGUUCACUUAUCACUACCACUCUGAGUAUGAAUCUCUCAAGAAAGAGGAUGACCUUCUCACUCACGGCGGAAGAAAUGCCGAGGUCGGCGGGCGGCCCAGCGUCGAGGUUGUCGCCUCAGAACUCCUAUGUGCUGGUAACGGGCCUGAGACUCACUUGCUGACUCUCUCUAGUGACGUGGGCACGGCAUGGGGCUCCGUAUUUGAUCGAUACCUCUCCUCAUGGAACUCCAAUGGGACUCGAGGGCAUAGCUCCUUGGCUGCAGCCCGUAGUGCUAAGAGAGGUUCGGUGGCCCUGCAUGCCGCCAUGGACGAGGGAGUGCCUGAAGGCUUCUAUGAUUACGAUCCUUUACCCCCAGCCAAGUCUGGCAUGGGCUUUGUGCUACGAGUGUCCACUAGCGGUCGCAGGGCUACUUUCAUCCUUAUAAGGCCCGACCUUCCCAAUAUACUACUGCGCAAGCCUCGCGAUCUACUGUCGUCCCAAAGAGCUCCUCGGUUACGGUAUCGAGGCUUUGGAGAAAUCGACGAAUGGCAGAAAGAAUGGGAAACGGCUUAUAUCAACCGACAACCCGUCUGCCAGCAUAUGGUCACUGGUGCUAUCUUCUCCCUAUGGGCACUGUUGGAGUCCCUUAUGGUUGAUGGUAUCCCUGACCCCAAGGAGAUGGCUAGGCUUACACGGAGCCUCAAGUUGAGAUCGGUGGUGGCUUCUGGACGGCCUGUUGUUGGUCUUGUUCUCGAUGAUCCACAAGCAGCUCACAGAGCUGAAGAGCUUGCUCUAGCCCUCCGCAGCACCACUGAUAAAGAGGAGGAGGAGGCCUCUGCCGAGCCCGAUGAUGCCCUAGAGGCUGUCUUUGGUGCGGACUCCCCAUCGAUUAGGGUCCCAAUAGUGCACACCCCGGACUUUGACUCGAAAGAAGGGCAGGAGCUAGCCGUGAAGAUGGCUGCUCAUAUGUGCUCCCUGGAGAGUAGCUUGAUAGUUGGCAAUGCAACCUUCACUACUUGGCUCGAUGUGCAUGCGUAUGUUAGUGGCAGAAACGGUUCAGGUGUUCGAAUGGUCUCCAAUGAUAUUGAUGGUAUGGUGUUUGUGAGAAGAUGGUUACAGAAGCUCUUCUCGAGAGGCUAUGUCCAUCGAGGGGAUAGUGGCAUCGUAUUCGACCGUUUGAUUCCGCCUUCUAGUAAUUAGCACUUCAUCCUCGUACAGCAUUGCUUCCACGUCACUAUUUCAUCCGUACUGUUCUGCUCCUCCUCGUAGAUUACCACGUUUGGACGUUUCUUAUC